AUGUCUAAGAUUUUUCAAACCAAAUUAGCCAAAACUGCGUUAGCAGCUGCUGCAGGGGUUGGUGGUACUAUCGUGUACUUGGAUUUUAUCAGGCCGCCAGUUGUGUCGGACUUGAACAACUCAUACAAGCCAUUAAGAAAAGAGUUGGCGACACCACCAUCAAGAGAAUCGUUAUUGAAUAAGUUGGAAACUACGCCUAAAUUCGACGUUAUAGUCGUCGGAGGAGGUGCAACUGGUACUGGUACAGCAGUCGAUGCUGCUACCAGAGGGUUAAACGUUUGUUUGUUGGAAAAGAGUGAUUUUGCUUCCGGAACAUCUUCUAAAUCGACCAAGAUGGCCCACGGUGGGGUUCGUUACUUGGAAAAGGCUAUUUUCCAGUUAUCGAAGGCUCAGUUGGACUUGGUUAUCGAAGCAUUAAAUGAAAGAGGUAACAUGUUGAGAACCGCACCACAUUUAUGUUCUGUUUUGCCAAUCAUGAUUCCAGUUUACAAAUGGUGGCAAGUUCCUUACUUCUUCGUUGGUUGUAAGAUGUACGAUUGGUUCGCUGGUCACCAAAACUUGAGAUCAUCGACUGUUUUCUCAAGAGAAAUGACUAGUGCUAUUGCCCCAAUGAUGGACGACUCGAACUUGAAGGCCACAUGUGUUUACCACGAUGGUACCUUUAAUGAUGCUAGAAUGAAUGCUACUUUGGCUAUUACUGCUAUUGAUCAAGGUGCUACUGUUUUGAACUACAUGGAAGUUAAGCAAUUGGUCAAGAAGGAUGAUAAGAUUACCGGUGUCCUCGCUGUUGAUAGAGAAACUGGUAAGGAAUACAAUAUUAAUGCUACUGCUACUGUUAACGCUACUGGUCCAUUUGCUGACAAGCUUUUGGAAAUGGACAAGGAUCCUCAAGGUUUACCACCAAAGAUUGACCAACCUCCAAGAAUGGUUGUUCCAUCUUCUGGUGUCCACGUUGUUUUACCUGAAUACUACUGUCCAAGAGAUAUGGGUUUAUUAGAUCCAUCUACUUCUGAUGGUCGUGUUAUGUUCUUCUUACCAUGGCAAGGAAAGGUUUUGGCUGGUACUACUGAUACUCCUUUGAAAUCCGUUCCAGAAAACCCAAUUCCUACCGAAGAAGAUAUCCAAGAUAUUUUACAAGAAUUGCAAAAGUAUAUUGUUUUCCCUGUUAACAGAACCGAUGUUUUAUCUGCUUGGUCUGGUAUUAGACCAUUAGUCCGUGACCCAUCUACUAUUCCCGAAGAUGAACAACCAGGUUCCGGUAGUACGCAAGGUUUAGUUCGUUCUCAUUUCAUUUCUCAAUCUCCUAGUGGUUUACUUACCAUUUCUGGUGGUAAAUGGACUACUUACAGAGAAAUGGCUCAAGAAACUGUUGAUACAUUAGUUAAAAACUACGAUUUCGAUGGUAAGAACAACGCCUUAUUACCAUGUCAAACUAACAAGAUUAUCUUAGCUGGUGGUGAAGAUUAUUCAAAGAAUUAUUCUGCUAGAUUGAUUCACGAAUACAGAAUUCCUUUGAAGUUGGCUAAGCAUUUGUCACACAACUAUGGUUCAAGAGCUUCAUUGAUUUUGGAAUUAUAUCACCAAUCUGAUUACAACAAGUUACCAAUCACUUUAGCAGCCAAUAAGUCUUUUGAACCUUCCGAAGAUAAGGAAUCAGAAGAAAAUAUUUUAUCGUACCAAUCGUUUGACGAGCCAUUCACGAUUGCCGAAUUAAAAUACUCUUUGAAGUACGAAUACGCCAGAACUCCAGUUGAUUUCUUAGCUAGAAGAACUAGAUUAGCUUUCUUAAACGCCAGAGAAGCUUUGACUGCUGUUGACGGUGUAUGUGCUAUUAUGGAACAUGAAUUAAAGUGGGAUGAAGAAACGACCAAGAAAAUGAAAUUUGAAGCUAACGAUUAUAUUGGUAAGAUGGGUAUCUCUCCAAAGAGAUUCGAUGUUGAAGAUUUCAUCGUCCAAUGA